GGAGGGAGGCGGUGCUCAGAGGCGCACACUCAAACAGGGCCCCCGCUGGUUCAAGCGAGGAUAGGGACCGUCCUGAGCUGAACUCAACGUUACAAAUAGAAGCUGCGGCAUUCCAAGUGGAGCAGAGUGGAGGUGCGCCGCGCCGGUGAUAAUAUUAAGUAACAGCGCCGAGUGGGUCCGCGGCAUUAGAACCAGAGAGGGAGGCGGAGAGACGCGCUUCUCGGUGAACCGGACGAAAACACGCUCGGACGGAGACGCGGACGGAAAGCAUGCGCACCGGCGGAGACGAGUGAUCAGUCUAUACGAAGGUGGCAGUGUUGCUUCGUUCUCAAUCCCCAGCGAUCUCCAGUGAGCGUGCAGCUCCCCGCAGUGGUUCUCUCUGCUCAUCAGUUAGUUAUGUUUGAGGAAGACUCCCAGGAGAUGAGGGGACAGCAGGACGUGGCUGCGCUCCACAACAUGGAGUCACCUGUUGCAGCGGCUUCGAGUGGAGGAGGAGGAGGAACAGGAGGAGGAGGAGGAGGAGGAGCGCCUUUGUCCUUCACAGACGAAGCCGUGUCCAUCCUGACCUCCAGCGGCCUGUUGGCGCGCUCCCUGCUGGGUCGCAGCACGGCCAUCAAACGCAAAGAGAGUCCGUCGUCCAGCAUCCGACGCAAGCGCGAGUUCAUCCCCGUCGACAAGAAGGACGAAGGCUACUGGGACAAGAGGAGGAAGAACAACGAGGCGGCCAAGCGCUCGCGGGAGAAGCGCCGCGUCAACGACAUGGUCCUGGAGAGCCGCGUGCUGGCCCUGCUGGAGGAAAACGCCCGCCUCCGGGCCGAGCUCCUGGCCCUGAAGUUCCGCUUCGGCCUCGUCAAAGACCCCUCCAACGCCCCGAUCCUGCCUCUCACCACGGAUCCGCACCACGCCCCUCAACCCAUGACUCCUCACUAUUAUCUCCACAGGGGAGACGGAGGCGCCUCGGCACCACACCCCCACCACAACCACGCGGGCCCGCUGAACGUCAGAGGCACCAGGGACGCCGGGAACAUGUCAGAGGACUCCGGGUUCUCCACGCCGGGUGGGUCCAGCGUGGGCAGCCCAGUCUUCUUCGAAGACCGGCUCAGCGACCACGGGAAACUGUCGCCCCACAGGGCGGAGGAGCUGGGCUACGACCUCCACCACUCGCCCGCCGACGUCCACCACGCGUCGGGGCUCAGCGCCGAGAAGCUGGACCAGGCGGAGACCUUGAAGAACCUUCCCCACAAGCUGCGCUUCAAGAUGCCGGGGAGCGGCGACGGGGGGGACGACCACAGACGCAGCCCCGCCCACCCCGCCGCGGGACGGGAGGGCCCGAAGGACGCCGGCAAAGGAGCGGGGCGGGCGAAACGGGAGGCGUUCACGCCGGCUCCUGGCUCCAGCACGCGGAGGGGGAGGAAGGCAGCAGGAGAGGGAGGCAGUCGCCUCAGUACAACGCUCCGAGCGGCGCCGGCGGCUACGGCGUCCAGGCUCCGCCCACGCAAGGGCAAACGGAGGUACGGCAUGAGAACACUUUCCUGAAGUCGCAGCUCUGCUCUCUCACGGAGGAGGUGGCGCAGCUCAAGAAGCUUUUCACAGAGCAGCUCAUGUCCAAAAUGAACUGAGGAGCUGGAAGCGAGGCGCCGCCUGGACGUUUAAGGACAAACUCUUAGCGUUAAGAGAACCGAGGAAUCGCGCACAAGCGCGGGAACGUGCGCAAUGGACAUUCAACUGUUGUUUCUAUCUCUUACAUUGUAUUAUAUUGUAAUAAAUGUCUUUAAAUGCUUAUAAUCUACUGUCUAACAACUACUUGAUCAACACUGCUCAGGCUGGGAGUCUUAUCUGUAAUAAUAGUUUCUUUAUUCCCGUACACUGUGACGACUAAAAAACCGCACACACCUGCUCACAUCACAUCACAUCACAUCACACCACGGAGACACAACAGGUCCCGGCGUUAAAUUCAGCCGGACGUCGGUUUAAUUAGAGGAGGUUUGACUUACACCCGCAAACAGAGGCCCAGGUAUCAGCUCUCUAAAGGCCACAACAAACAUGUUUUAUGUGUCACUCGACUCGUGUCCCAGAAAGAAAAAAAAAAAAAAACACUGUAACAUGCACUGUGCUUUUCUUUGUCGUCUCGCCCGGUUUGAGUGUAUUUUAUCACUUACCUGUCGUCUGUACUGAGGUGGUGAAUUUAAUGUCUGCUGUCUGUCCGUGCGUUUUCAUAUUAAAAAUAAAUCUUGGCUCAGCAACGUG